AUGCACGCGAAUGGUUCCCAUCAGCAGAGAGCGCUGGAAUUGCCCGAAUUGAUGCUGUCAAUUCUGCGUCAAAUGGACAUGGCCACCCUGCUUACGUCUCAACGAGUCUGCCAUAUGUGGGCGGACUUGAUCCGCGAGUCAAAGACCCUCCAACAAGACCUCUACUUCUUACCGAGUAGCCACGAAGGCAAUGACGAGCCCCGAUAUCGCAAUCCAUUGCUUGCCGAGAAAUUUCCAUUCCUAAAGCAACUGGUCAAUCUGAACAACGACCAAAAUGCCGGCUUUUGGAGGCCUUGGGGGCACGAGUGGGAAGACAUCAAACUGAGGAAUUUAGAUUUGUUACGAUCUCCAACCAAGCAAGACCAGUAUAUGCGCCCUGAAGCAAGCUGGCGACGUAUGCUGACGCACCAACCGCCCCUAUACACUGUUGGAAAGUUCAGUGGACGGGCUGGAAGAUUCGGCUCAAAUUGGAGCCAGUCAAAAGCUGCAGAACAAUCAACCGGUCUCCAAAUGGAAGCACUGUUUCAUUGGGUAGUCAUACUACUAUUCGAUAAAACUAGAGGAACCGAUAUCUCGAUUUAUAUCGGGAAAGGCUUGUCUGCUGAUGUCAAGCAGGGGUAUGCGGGAGUCACAGGUCGGCGGUGCCAGAUGAGUGGUGACUUGGAUAGAAUGGUUAGGGAAUUUGAUAUUGUCCUAGCUCGAAAAUUCCCCUUUGCGGGCUGUACGGUUUACGAUUCCGAUGGCGAAGAAGUUCAUGAGCCGCCGACCGAAAAUGAGAUAAUUCUGGAGCAGCUUCAUGGGGUUCACCAGGAGAUGACUAGGACAUUACAAGGUCUGGAUUUCGAAACUUACCAUGAGGGCAGGAAUAAUGAUAUUUAG